UGCUAUGAAUUGGUGUUUAUGGACUCUCUACCUCGGCCUGGUCUGCAGCAGUUUCGCCGAGGCAGGUAACGGUGAGGCAGUGCCCCGCGCUGUGGUAGGCCGGACAGGCGAGAGCAUCAUUCUGCGCUGUGACCUCCUCAAGCCGGACGAGGCCAGUCCCCCCCUCUACGUCAUCGAGUGGGUGCGCUUCGGCUUCCCCCUCCCCAUUUUCAUCAAGUUUGGCCUCUACUCUCCUCGCGUGGAUCCGGAGUACAUUGGUCGGGUGCGAAUCUUCCAGGGCGCCUCUCUUCGGAUCGACCAACUGCGUGCCGAGGACCAAGGCUGGUACGAGUGCCGGGUGCUCUUUCUGGACCGACCCAACAGCGACGAUGAGUUCCUGAACGGCACCUGGAUCCACCUCACUGUCAAUUCUCCCCCCACCUUCCAGGAGACCCCGCCGGCUUUCGUAGAAGUGCAAGACCGAGAGCCCCUCACUCUCACCUGCUCUGCUGCCGGCAACCCUCAGCCCGUCAUCACUUGGAAGAGGGACAACCAGGCCAUACGCGGUGGAGACAAAGUGCAGGUGAAGAAUGGGACUCUCACCAUUGCCAGCGUGGAGCGGGCCAGCACUGGGGCCUACACUUGCCAUGCCACCAGUGAGGAGGGCACCGUCACCCACACCACCCGCCUGCUGGUACAAGGGCCGCCGAUAAUCGUGGUGCCCCCUCAGAACAUCACAGUCAACCUCACACAAGAUGCCUUCCUGGCCUGCCAAGCCGAGGCCUACCCUGCCAACCUCACUUACAGCUGGUUCCUGGGGAAUACAAAUGUUUUUCACCUCAGCCACCUGCAGUCCCGGAUUCGGGUCUUGGUAGACGGGAGCCUCUUGGUUCAGAAAACAACCCCAGAAGAUUCAGGACAAUACACUUGCAUUCCCAGCAACGGGCUAAAAAGAUCACCUUCUGCCUCGGCUUUCCUUACAGUUCUGUAUCCGGCCCGGGUCAGCAACAUGCCCCCGGAGACCCUCCUGCCGAUCGGGAUGCAGGGCACCAUCCGCUGCCCCCACAAGGCCAACCCCCCUCUGCUCUUUGUCAACUGGACCAAAGACGGGCAGCCCCUGGACCUGGGCAAGUUCCCAGGCUGGUCCGCAAGGCCCGAUGGCGCCAUCGUCAUCGCCACAGCAAAUGACGACGCCCUCGGCGUGUACACCUGCGCCCCGUACAACAGCUACGGCACCGCUGGUCCCUCCUCGCCCACCCGCGUCCUCCUCAAGGAUCCUCCCGUGUUCACCCAGCGCCCUAAAGAGGAGUAUUUCCAGGAGGUGGGCCGUGAGUUGCUCAUACCUUGUGCUGCCAGUGGCGACCCCCAGCCCGUCAUCUCUUGGACUAAGAUGGGCAGCAGAGGGCUCGCCAACGCCCAGGUGGAUCGGAACCACACCCUGAUCCUGCGCCCGCUGACCAAGGAGCAGCACGGCAUGUGGGAAUGUGCCGCCAAUAAUGGCGUGGCCCGUGUCAGUGCCGCAACCGCCAUCUACGUAUUGGGCACCAGCCCCCAUGGGGUGGUCAACGUCUCUGUGCUUCCGCUCCAGCAGGCCGUCAACGUCACCUGGGAGCCUGGCUUCGAUGGGGGCUACUUCCAGAGGUUCAGCAUCUGGUACACGCCGCUGUUGAAACGCCUCAACCGCCCUCACCACGACUGGGUCUCGCUGCCAGUACCUGCAGGAGCCUCCCAUCACCUGGUGGAGAACCUCCAAGGCGACACUGGCUACCAGUUCAGUGUUCUGGCCCAGAACAAGCUGGGCAGCGGUCCCUUCAGUGAGAUCAUCGCCGCAGUGCCGCUAGGCUCCACCUCCAGCUAUCCAGGAAUUAUCAACCGGGAGCUAGACGCCUUCUACGAGUUCCGCUUAGUGGCCUUCUCCGGCAGCUCCACGAGUGAUCCUAGCAACACAGUCAACGUCUCCACAGCCGGCAUGGAGGUGUACCCCUCCCGCACCCAGCUGCACGACCUCCUCCCCCAGCCUGUCCUGGCCGGCGUCAUCGGCGGCGUCUGCUUCCUCAGCACAGCUGUCAUCUUCAGCACCAUGGCGGCGUGCAUCAUGAACCGCCGGCGGGCAGCCCGUCUCCGUAAACGCAGGCAGGAUGCACCAAUCGUCUUCUCCCCCAACAAGAAGCUUCUGACUUCACAAAAUUCUACAGGCACUGCUAGCCCAGACAGCGUUGUGAAACUGAAGUUCCAGACCUCCCCGUAUCAGAGCCUCCGCCGCACCCUGCUGUGGGGGGAGAAGGCCGGCACCAGCCUAGGGCUCAGCAUCGCCGGCGCCACCGCCAGGCCCGCUUCCAGAUACACCCUGUACGAGAGCCACGUCGGGGAGCCGCUGCCGCUGGAGCGCAUCUGCCGCGGCCCUGACGGACGCUUUGUGGUGCAGAGCGAGGCGCGGCCCCGAGAGCGCUUGGGGGCCGUGAUGGAGCGCUACUCCCUGUCCCUCGCCUCCUCAGAGAGCAGCGUCAGCCAGCCGGAGCCUUACCUGCAGGUCUACUCUUCCCCGGGGCCCGAGGAACCCGUCUGGCAGAAGAGUGUCAACCUGCGGCCUAAGAACUCAAGCCAGGCCUGGCGCGACGCCAAGGCCUCUGGCUACCGCCAGGGCCGCUACUUCGACUACAGCAGCAGCAGCCCGACGGAGGAAGCCAAGCCCUUGUGCAUCGCCAACAUCAGCCCGGUGGCGGCCGUGCCGUACAGGGCCGCCGAGCAGCAGAUGCCGGCUGACUGGGGCUUUGAAGGGCAGCCGGAUACCCCCGCCGCCGCUGCCGCUUCUUCUCCCCUCUCGCUGGGAAGCCCUUCCUGUAGGCCUCAGGGCAGCCGAGGGAAAGCAAAUACCUCAGCUCAAAGCGGAAUCCUGCAGUACUUGAGUCUCCCCUUUUUCAAGGAGAUGAACGUGGACGGGGACUGGCCCCCAGAGGAGGGCGAGGAGGGGGACGGGACGCAGCUUUCCACACUGGCCCUCCUCCCCGAGGCUCCCGGCAGCACAGAACUCACACUGCUGGGAGACGAGGACAAAACAGCCUGUCCGGCUUAUAUGGACGUGCAAGCCAUACUGGAUUCCCCUCAGGAACGCGCUUCGGCUAAGAGUCUCCUCCGGCUCCCUGACGCCGACGCAGGCCCGGCGAAGGCUGCCUUGCCGGGCGCCUCCGUCUGCCCGAGUUACCUCAGCUCCGUUGUGGAAACGCCUCAGGAGCCGAGGCGGUGGUCGCGGUCACUCUCGCCCCCCCAGCCCCUCGUGGACAAUAGCCAGGUGGAGAUGGCACACACGGCUCUCCCCCCGGAACGGGACUGGCUGCACACCCCGGAGCUGCCCCUGGAGCCCGUGCCCCCCGAGAGACACAAAUUACCCACAGCCAUUCCCCUGCCGGGCCUCCCUGCCGAGAAGCCGCUGAGGGGCAGCCUUACCAGCCAGAGCAGCGGCCGAGGCAGCGUGUCCUUCCUGAGGCCCCCCUCGCUGGCACCGUCCUUGGGAGGCAGCUACCUCAGUUCCCCCUUUGGGGAAAUGGCCAGUUGGCAAAGCAACUCCACCGGAGAGGACGGCAGGCCCAAACCUUCAGUCACGGCCGUCAGCAAAAGGAGGAACACCUCUGUGGAUGAGAACUACGAAUGGGACUCGGAGUUUGCCCUGGAGUCGGACUUGCUGGAUGCCCUGCAGCUCUACCGCAGCGGGAAUCCCAAACGACCCGUCUCCACCAUCGCUGCCCACGAAUUGGAGAAACAGAGUUCGAAGUCCUCCAGCGAGAGCAGCGGCUCACCCUCCAGCUCACAGUCCGUGGGGGCCUUAGACGGGUCAAGCUCCCCCGUGCCCAGCCCCGAGGAACGCUGUGCCGCCCUGCGCGAGGAGUUCCUGGCCUACCGGCGGCGCCGAGAAGCCACCCAGCAACGCCGGCAGAAGCUGGCCUCUGGCCGGAAGCGUAGCAGUGAGCGAUUUGAGCAGGCCACUUUGCUGUGA